AUGCCAACAAAGUCCCGCAAGUCAGCACCUUCGAAAUUCGCGUUCUUUCUAGAUCAGCAAGAGACCUUCUCGCUCCACAUCUCUAUCUUCGAGCCACUUGGAGCUGUGGGCGUCGCACCUUUUCAAACCGACAACAGGAUUUCACUACAUCGUGUCUUUGAUCGCUUGCCAGACACCGCAUUGCAAGGUGGACACGGCAGGGCGACUCGCUCCCAGCGCAACUUUCUCUCCACGGAUAAAUCGACCAAGUCGUUCGGAUCGCCGAUUGAUAUCCGUUUCGGACCUCUUCGCAUCGAUUGGGCUGAACGCGCUCAAGACAAAGAAAUGUCACAGGCGUCCCAGUAUCGCAACGCUAGCUCAAGCUCAACAUCCGUCGGUCCUGCCACUGUCACUGCCUCCGCCUCUGAAUUGACCAAGGCCUCUAGAAGAAGAAACGUCUUUCACGCCAAGCAACCACAAGUAGCCUUGCCCGUCGCAAGUUUUGAAAAGACCGACUCUUUCCAAGGAGACGUUUCCGGCUCAAAGGAAGCAGAAUCACGAUUAGCAUCAUGCACAGAAAUGUUUCAAGGUAUGACCAUCGGCGCCACCGAGGUCGCGUUUGGUAUCGUACAUCUCUUUCGAGAUAAGCAGGAUGCCACAUCCAAUGCCACGCCGACUAGGCGAGCUGCAAGCACAACAGGCCAGACCGCGCUCGAAAAUCAGAUUCCGGAACAAGACAUAGGUGCUGUCGUGGCAGUCCUUGCUGUUCCUGCUUACCUUACCGCAUCCCACUUUCUCUCUUACAUUGAGCCUGCGGUGGAAGCCAUCACGCAUCUAAGGAUGCUCAGAGAUAUGCAUCCCAAUCGAUGCAUGGUGCUCAUUCGCUUCCGCGAUGCCAAAGACGCCGAGGAUUUUCACAAAAUGUACAAUGGACAACCGUUCAAUGCUAUGGACCCACAAGAGAUCUGCCAAGUGGUCUACAUCACCUCGCUCACCGUGUCCAAGCAUUCUUCUCUGCCGUUCAGCUACCCUACGCUGACCAACUCGGAUCCGUGGCCGCUGCGACCUCCUGCCAAUGCCGUGAACCAGCCCGCAUACGAGCUGCCGACCUGUCCUGUAUGCCUAGAACGUAUGGACAGUUCAGUGACAGGUCUCAUGACCAUCUCAUGUCAGCACACUUUUCACUGCUCGUGUCUGUCCAAGUGGGGCGAAUCACGCUGUCCGGUGUGUCGAUAUUCUCAGACGGGACAACCAUCGAUGCAUCAGCGAAGAAGGACUCCACGCUCUUCAAUGGAUCCCUCGACUCCGGUGCGCCAAGCAAACCAGGUCGGUGGCAGCGACGCGGAUGAAUCGGAUGCUGAGAGCGACCUCGACGAACCGAGCUGUUGUGCCGUGUGUGAAACUCAGCAAGACCUGUGGGUGUGUCUGGUAUGCGCCUCGGUCGGCUGCGGCCGAUACAAGCAUGGUCAUGCGCAUCGACACUUUUCCGAGACUGGUCACCUGUACAGUCUCGAGCUCGAGACGCAGCGCGUUUGGGACUAUGCAGGAGACGGAUAUGUACACCGACUCAUUCAGAACAAGGCGGACGGCAAAUUGGUCGAGCUGCCCUCUGCCUCGUCUGCCACAGCAACGCCUGAGCACUCGAGCACACUGCCUGCCUCGGCGAGCUAUGCUUCUGCUAUGUCGAUGAGCGGCACAAAACACUCUGGACCGCCGGCCAUACAUAGCAGAGGAGACAACACGAGGCCACCCUACGACGCACAAGAGCGGCGGCGGCAGCAGCAGCAGCAGCAGCGCGACCAGAACUACGCAAUCAGAGAUCAAGACUCCUGUCGGUCGGCGGACGAUCAACUUGAGGCGAUUGGAAUGGAGUAUUCGUACCUUCUCACGUCGCAACUCGAAUCGCAGCGACAUUUCUAUGAAGACAAGCUGGACCAGUUUCAAGCGCAACUCGCCUCGCUUACAGGCGAUUUGGAAAUGCUCUCUCGCAAAUCUCAGCUAAUCGAUGAGCUGUCUGCGCGCACCGCUGAAUUGGAACGCACCAACGAGCAGCUCCGGCGCGACAAAGACAAGAGUGAUAAGAAAGCUGACAAGGCCAUCGAGCUGGCACGCACGCUCGAGCGCGAUCUGCAUUCGGAACGAUCCAUGAACAAAGGCCUGAUGGACCGGCUGGAGAAGACCAAGGAGAGUGAAGUUGGGCUCAAGGCUCAAGUGACAGAUUUGCAGGAGCAAGUCAGCGACUUGAUGUUCUUUGUUCAGGCGAGAGACAAGUUGGACCAGGAGGGGAGCGAGGCUCAAGGUGGCGAUGUCGAGGUCAAAGCCAAACCGACAUCGAGGAAGGGCAAGGCUAGGAGAAAAUGA